AUAUAUGCUUAUACAAAUUUAUAUAUAUAAAUGCUUAUCUAAUACAUCUACACCUACACCUACAUCAUUCUUAAAAAUCUUCUCAGAAUAUGGCUAAUACCAUCACUUCACCAACUAUGACUAAGUGGUUUUGUGGAACAAUAGAAGCAAUAAAUAAUUGUAAGGGAGCCCUUUGUUUAAGGGUGUUGAGUGUCAUUGGUUGUUCUGCAUUUGAGAAAUUCAUGAAAGUUAUGGAGAGAAUUCUUUUUGCUGCAUUUACUUGUAUUCUAGCAUUAGGAGGGUCAAUAAUAGGAACAAUAGCAGGAGCUAUCAAAGGACAGACAAGAGAAUCUGGUUUUCUUGAUGGAGCUGGAAAAGGAGCAAUUGCAGGAGCUAUUGCAGCCAUAGAAUUGAUGAGUUUUGAUUCUCUUGAGCCAUUUUCCAAGGUUGCUUUGUUGAGAAGUUUAUUAAAUGGGAAAGUGUUUAUGGAUUGCAUAUGUCCAAUUGUUGCACAAGCUUAUCUAUUUUAUAUCAAUUCACUAGAAACAACUUAUGGAGGACUGUUUUCAGAUAUUUAUGACAACAUGGGAGUUAAGGGUAUGUCCCAAAGUUGUAUUAUGAAGCUUCCAUUUCAACAAUUUAGCUCCAACAAAAUGAUGAAAUUAUACAAUGAAUCUUGCUGCUCAAUUUGCUUCCAGGAUUUUGAGGAUGGAGAAUUGGUUAGAAUACUUCCAAAAUGUUGCCACAUUUUUCAUUUAGAAUGCAUUGACAAGUGGUUUGUCCAACAAGGAUCAUGUCCUAUUUGUAGAACUUAUGUGCAUGACCACAUUCAUGAAUAGUUUAGUUUUUCUUUUUUGUAAAAAUAGGUUAAGUGUAUGUUUAGUUCUGCGGUGAAAUCCCAUUUUCUCGGAGAAGCUAUAAUUGCAAGCUUCUACUUUGCUACACGAUGGCGUUGAAUCAUCGGUGAAGCAAACAUGCGCUAAGCAAUUACGAGCUAGCAUUAACUUUGUAUAUGACUUCGUUUCAAAAAAGUUGA